CAAGUAGUCUGCAGACACACAUGAGGAUUCACAGUGGAAUUAAACCUCAUCAGUGCAUUGUGUGUGAGAAAACAUUUGCAUACGUAAGUGCCGUUCAGACACACAUGAGAAUUCACACUGGAAUCAAGCCUUAUGAAUGUGUUGAAUGUGGGAACAAAUUUACACGUUCAAGUAGUCUGCAGGAACACAUGAGGAUUCACAGUGGAAUCAAGCCUUAUGAAUGUGUUGAAUGUGGGAAGCAAUUUACACAAUCAGGUCAACUGCAGCAACACAUGAGGAUUCACAGUGGAAUCAAGCAUUAUGAAUGUGUUGAAUGUGGGAAGCAAUUUACACUAUCAGGUCAACUGCAGAGACACAUUAGGAUUCACAGUGGAAUCAAGCCUUAUGAAUGUCUUGAAUGUGGGAAGAAAUUUACACGAUCAAGUUGUCUGCAGAUACACAUGAGGAUUCACAGAGGAAUCAAGCCUUAUGAGUGUGUUGAAUGUGGGAAAACAUUUACCAAAUCAGGUAAUCUACAGCAACACUUGACGAUUCACAGUGGAAUCAAACCUCAUCAGUGCAUUGUGUGUGAGAAAACAUUUGCAUACGUAAGUGCCGUUCAGACACACAUGAGAAUUCACACUGGAAUCAAGCCUUAUGAAUGUGUUGAAUGUGGGAACAAAUUUACACGUUCAAGUAGUCUGCAGGAACACAUGAGGAUUCACAGUGGAAUCAAGCCUUAUGAAUGUGUUGAAUGUGGGAAGCAAUUUACACAAUCAGGUCAACUGCAGCAACACAUGAGGAUUCACAGUGGAAUCAAGCCUUAUGAAUGUGUUGAAUGUGGGAAGCAAUUUACACUAUCAGGUCAACUGCAGAGACACAUUAGGAUUCACAGUGGAAUCAAGCCUUAUGAAUGUCUUGAAUGUGGGAAGAAAUUUACACGAUCAAGUUGUCUGCAGAUACACAUGAGGAUUCACAGUGGAAUCAAGCCUUAUGAGUGUGUUGAAUGUGGGAAGCAAUUUACACUAUCAGGUCAACUGCAGCAACACAUGAGGAUUCACAGUGGAAUCAAGCCUUAUGAAUGUGUUGAAUGUGGGAAAGAAUUUACACAUUCAAGUAACCUUCAGACACACAUGAGGAUUCACAGUGGAAUCAAACCUCAUCAGUGCAUUGUCUGUGAGAAAACAUUUACACAAUCAGGUACUCUGCAGGGACACAUGAUGAUUCACACAGGAAUGAAGCCUGAUGAAUGUGUUGUAUGUAGGAAAAAAUUUACAAAAUCAAGUACUCUGCAGAGACACAUGAAGAUUCACAGUGGAAUCAAGCCUUAAGAAUGUUUUGAAUGUGGGAAAACAUUUUUACAUUCAAGUAUUCUGCAGACACACAUGAGGAUUCACAUUGGAAUCAAGCAGCGAAGACUUAUCGCUGUGUUUGGUUUGGGAUAAUACAUCUGCAGGCAAGAUAUGAAGUGGAACUGUGUGUGGUGAAUGUGUUGAAUGUGGGAAAACAUUUGCACUGUCAGAUACUCUUAGACAGUAAACAAUACGCUGAUUGUUGUUUUAGUAUUAUGUAUACAUAUUAAGGUGUAUGACUGAUAAUAGUUCUGUGUUAAUCUGGGGUAGCUUGUGGCAAUUCAAUGCAUACAGUCCAAACUUACACAACUUGGAGAAGGUGAAACACAACAAAUAUAUGUUAAGACACACAUCUAAAAUGAGUAUUUCACUGCUUCAAAAAGACUGCAAUUGUACCCCUCCGUUUGUUGAGUGAGUGAGUUCAGUGUUUUGCAAUAUUCCUGUAAUAUCAGGGCAGGGGACACCAGAAAUGUGCUUGUCACAUCGUAUCUAUGUGGGGAAUUGAACCCGGGUCUUCUGCAUGACACGCAUGUAUGAGCAAGAAUAUACUAUGCAUACCAGGUUAAGAAUAAUAAUAGUCCUCAUGAAAAUGCACUUAUUCCUGACUGAGUCAAUUAAAGUUAAACAGCUUUUCAUGACAUCACUUUGAGGCUGCCAACUGGAGUAUGUCACAGCGGGGGGCUGCCAACUUAGGUCAACCCAAGUCAGAAUGAGCUGACUUUUGUAAACGGUUGAUUAGGAUUAUACCCUAGUCAGCAUGGUUUCAAACAGGUCAGUCAGGGGUUCCAAACAACAAACAAACAUCGCAUCAUCCGAAUAAAGAAGUUGUUCAUCUGUAAA